GUCCCAUGCAUUUUUGACCCUGGAGACGAACGUGAUAUUAUUCGCUUGUUAUUGAAGUACACUGGUUCAAUGGCAGGGGCUCCCCCCUCAACCACAGUUUUCAGAUGGCACAACCACAGAUGAAGCGCAACUAUCAUUCGCUCCAUGAUAUAUAUCUCUUCUCAGGUCAGCUACCCUUGCUAUUCAAUGUUCACGACUCAAACCAGAAAUAUCCGAAGCCAGAGGUUCACCUUUUCGCGCAUUACCAUGUAUAUCCCCAACGACCUUGCCUUCCUCAAAGAGGAAAACGAAAUGAUAGAUUUCGAAGAAUCUCCUAUACCCACCUCCGUCAUGAUCAAGUCUCAUGCCACUCUGGAGGCACUUGACAAGGUCCACAUGACCUCCAUCCCCUUGCUUGGCUUCGAAAAGCCCACAGAACCUCCCGUCAACGAGUCGAUUAGGGCAAUAUGGGACUGUCCCGAGGAAGAGAUUGUCUCUUGUAGCUUCGCAGCUGGUUUAUCUGGAUUGACCUUCUACAUGGCGGAGCAAACACCGAGACAGCAGAACGCGGUGACUACCUCCCGGCACAGUCCAAUGCCUGCAUGCCGGAGACUCGACCCCACAGUCUCUACCUUCACGCCAGAAGGAUUCGCCUCUCCGGGAAGACAAUAUUCCAUUUCUCCCGCUACACCAAUCGUCUCACCAGUGAAAGAAGGCAUCGAGCCAACGAUAUCAUCCCUGGAUGCAUCGACUGCCUCUCCGGUAGAUUACGGUGACGGUCUACCGCAUUCCUCCCCAGAAAUGUCGAUUAUCUCCGCGACCCAGGAGGACCAAGCUUCACCAGCCACAUACAAGGCAUCGACUACCUUCCAAGACCGUGGUCGCGAAGAAGGUAGACUAGCACUCAGACGAGCCCUGAUGUCCACCCUCAGAAGACGCCCGCAGAUAUAUUGCGAAGGGCCCCAAGAGAUGCUCACUGGGAACAAUGGUGUGGAUAGGACGCUCUACUCUCUGUCGCUGGCCGACAAAUGUCAGGCCAAGUGGUGAGCGAGUAUUCUGACUGCGUCCCAGCUGCAGAAAGGGAAUAUGGCAGCGAUGGACUUGAUACAUACGGGUGUCGUAAGAAUGAGAUGAGAUGUAGAUACUUUGCAUUAAUCGUGCAUUACCUGAGUCGUUAAACCGUAAUGCACGAGACUCUACUAAGCAAAGUCGGCCACCUGAAACUGACCAUCAGAGCGGUAUCUCAAAAGUAAGAAAUGACAGAU